AUGUCACUUACCCGUAUACAAGUCCAGCGAGCUACUACUGUCUCUCCAUGGACGAGAGAUUUCCGUCACCUUCUCCCUGUCCCAAAACACUUCCAGAAUAGACAGACAUGGUUCGACCCCAUCACAAAGGCCGUACGCGUCAAAGACCGUAUAAAAUACUGGAACGUCGUUCCAGGUGAUCAAAUUUGCAUACGCGGAGACACACGCAAGACCAUCCACGAGGUUCUCAGCAUAAAUAAAUUUACCAACCGCGUCUAUUUGAAGGGUGCCAACCUCGGGAAGCAAUACAAGACCCCGGUCAACCGCAGUGUGCACUACUCAAGAUGUAUGCUCUACAUUGGCGAACAAGUGGGAAAGGCUACCUCAGUUGGUGAGCAGCCCAAGGCGAUUUCUAUAUUUGCGAGACGUAUUGGUGUGCGAGAUCCUCAUUGGGAUCCCAUUCUCUACCGCUGGAACUGGAAGCGUCUGGUGCUCGCUACUGAUCCAUAUACCCCGAAGACAAAGAUCGAGUUAGAAUGGCCUCAACGGGAAGAGAGAGACCACAAAGAACCUAAUCCAUUAUUGGACACGACGCCAGAGACGGUUCGGGAAAUAACGUACAAACCACCCGCGUUCUCUCUGUCCAAAUUGAUCUCCCUCGAGAGUGGCAUAACUGAGAAGGCAUACCUCAGGACGCUGUUCAAUCCUUCCGCCGUUCCUUUCGACACGUCAGCGCCGAUGGAGGUAUAUCUUACAAAGGAGCUGAGCAACCCUCAUAGUAGAGCGAAGAAGCAAGCGCGCUGGCAGGCUGCUGCGAAACGCAAGAGCACGCUCUUCAAAAAGUUCGUUGCCCAGGAACUCAAGAGUCUUAAUGGCCGGAGUAUUCGGGAUGCGCGCGCAGAAGCUGCUUUCAAGUACCGGCAGAAGCUGGAAGAGGAGAGAAAGUCAGAAAAGAAACGGAGGUGGUUGACCAAGGACCGUCUUGCGAAGAUGGAGAGAACGUCUAAGCGCAAGGCAAGGAAGGCGGAGAAACAGAAGAGAAGCUCAGCCAGUUGGUCUUGCGAGAUGCGCCAAACCAAUUUAUUCCUGGCCAGUCUGCGAGGAGACAAGAAGCAUGAUAUUGUGUCAGGGGAAUGCUUCUAG